AUGAGGAGCUUUGUGAGCCACAAGCAGGCCAGCCAGCUGCUCCACAACAAAUUUGUGGUGGUGUUGGGAGACUCCAAUCAGCGAGCAAUAUAUAAAGAUCUUGUUCUGCUGCUCCAAAAAGACAAAUUUCUCACCCUGAAACAACUACGAACCAAGGGGGAGAUGAGCUUCGAGCAGGACUGCCUGGUGGAGGGAGGCUGUCUGAACAAGCUGCACAACGGGAUUGCAUACAGAGAGGUCCGGCAGUUCCAGUCAGACCACCACCUGGUGCGCUUCUACUUUCUGACGCGCAUCUUCUCGCGGUACAUGGAAAGUGUCCUGGAGGACUUCCGGCAGGGUCUGAAACCAGACGUGGUCAUCAUCAACUCCUGCGUUUGGGAUAUUUCAAGGUACUCCCGCAAUUGGAUCGGUGAUUACAAGGAGAACCUCCACACAUUCUUUGAGGAGCUAAAAGCGAUCCUGCCGGAGGAAACGCUGGUCAUCUGGAACCUCACCUUGCCUUUAGGAGAGAAGAUCAAAGGAGGGUUCCUGGUGCCCGAGAUUCAGCACAUGGCUCCGCAGCUGCGUUUUGAUGUGAUCGAAGCCAACUUCUUCAGCGGGACGCUGGCCGACGCGUAUAACCUGGAUGUUGUGGACCUCCACUUCCAUUUCCGCUUCUCCCUGCACCGUCGAACCAACGACGGCGUGCACUGGGACAACGUGGCCCACCGCAGGAUAACAUCCGUACUGCUGCAGCACGCCGCAGACGCCUGGGAGCGCAGUGUGGAGGAGAUCAAGCUCUCGACCAACAUCAACAAAAACGGUGGUCUAAAACACGAAGACUUUGCCUCCAGGCCGUUCAGGCAGUCUGUGUUGAGGAACCAGCUCACCACCAGGCAGCACUACGCCCCGUACCCCCCCGGCAGACGUAACCGAUACAACUACUGA